AUGCAGGAUAAUGCGUGCUACAACUGUGGUCGUGUAGGUCAUGUGGCCGCGUCGCAAGCGUGCCCAGCUCGUGGCAAACAGUGUAGAAAUUGUCAGAUUUAUGGACACUUUGAACGACUGUGCCGCAAACAGAAGCAACGACCACUUCCGGAUCAAGGUGGCAAGCAGAUUCGAGCGGUACAGAAUGAGCAACCAACUUGUGAGGACAGUAGUAAUGUCAAGGAGGAGAUUGGACAGGACAAAGUAUACUAUGCUUUCUACUCGGGCAACGAAAGCAACGUUGUGACGUGCGACAUCGGUGGCGUUGAAUUGGAAAUGCUGGUAGACUCCGGUGCUGACGCCAAUCUUAUCAGCAAAGCGUCUUGGUCCAAACUAAAGGAUAAACGGGUAUUGUUGCAGUCAUCCACGAAAGGAAGUACCAGGAUCCUAAAGGCUUAUGGAAGUAAUGAUCCGUUGAAGAUUUUGGGUUCUUUUGUUGCUGACAUAGAGGUGGGAAAAAGCCGAACUCAGGCGGAAUUUCUGGUGGUCGAAGGUGGCCAGCGUUGUCUGCUAGGCGACACUACUGCCAAACAACUGGGCAUUCUGAAAGUUGGGUUGAAUAUCAACAAAGUCAACGAUUUGUCAUCACCGUUUUCGACGAUCAAGGGCGUAGAAGCAUUCAUUCACGUUGACCCCAACUUUGCACCUGUUUUUCAACCCAUGCGCCGACUGCCUUUGCCUCUGGAAGCAGCUGUCAACUUAAAGUUGGACGAGUUACUUCAGCGUGACAUUAUUGAGCCGAAAACAGGGCCGACAAGCUGGGUAUCGCCGCUAGUUGUGGUAGGGAAGACAAACGGUGAAGUACGAUUAUGCCUUGGCCUUCGUCGUGUAAACGAAGCGGUCUUAAGAGAGCAUCAUCCUAUGCCGGUGGUGGAUGACCACAUUGCGCGACUUGGUAGAGGUACGGUCUGGAGCAAGCUUGACAUCAAAGAGGCCUUCUUGCAAAUCAAACUCGAUGAUGAAUCCAAAGAUGUUACCACCUUCAUCACAGGACGAGGAUUGUUCCGGUUCAAACGGUUGCCAUUUGGGUUGGUGACGGCUCCGGAGCUCUUCCAAAAAGCGAUGGAUGAGAUUUUGUCAGGAUGCGAGGGAGUAGCUUGGUACCUCGACGACGUCAUCAUCGAAGGCAAAGAUAUGGAAGAACAUGAUGUUCGCCUAAAUGAGGUAAUGUAA